CUCCUUAGUUGAUCCCCACUCAAUUCAAUUCUUCGUUUUCCAAACAUUUCCACCGAACUGAACUAACGAAACCGUUUGCGAACGAUAACCAUGGAAUCGGCAUUGAUAUUUCUCGGAACUGGUUGUUCCGGUUCCGUUCCCCGCGUAAGUUGCCUCAUCAACCCUUCACGUCCUCCAUGCCCCGUCUGCGUUCACUCUCUCUCUCUCCCACCUCAUCUCAACCCUAACUACAGGUGUAAUACCUCUUUGUUAAUCGAUUAUUACUGUGAAAACGAUGGCGCUCACAAAUAUGUAUUGAUUGAUGCUGGAAAGACGUUCAGGGAGACUGUGCUUAGGUGGUUUGUUUUCCAUCACAUCCCAAGAAUUGAUUCUAUUGUUUUGACUCAUGAACAUGCUGAUGCAGUCCUUGGAUUGGAUGAUAUGCGUUCUGUGCAGCCUUCUAGUCACACGAAUGAUAUCGAUCCUACGCCUGUGUACUUAUCUCAACAUUCAAUGGAUAGCAUGGAAAAGAGGUUUCCUUAUUUUGUUCAGAAAAAACACAAAGAAGGGCAAGAAAUACGAAGGGUACCUCAGUUUUGCUGGAACAUAAUUGCCGAUGAUUGUAAUCAGCCAUUUUUUGCGUCAGGCUUAAAAUUGAUUCCUUUGCCGGUAAUGCAUGGAGAAGAUUACAUUUGCCUGGGCUUUCUUUUUGGUGAGAAAAAUAGGGUGGCGUAUAUAUCUGAUGUUUCACGGAUUCCAGCCAGUACAGAGUACGUUAUUUCAAAAAGUGGGGCUGGACAGUUGGAUCUUCUUAUAUUGGAUGCAUUGCGUAAGACUGGAUCACAUAACGUUCACUUUUGUCUUCCACAGGCUCUUGAAGCUGUAAAGAGGUUAUGUCCAAAGCGAACCCUAUUGAUUGGAAUGAAUCAUGAGAUUGAUCACCACAAGGACAACGAAUUUUUAAGGGAGUGGUCCAGAAGGGAAGGACUAUCAGUGCAGCUUGCUCAUGAUGGUUUGAGAGUCCCCAUAAACUUAUAGUAAGGUUGGAGAAGACCGAAAUAAUUUUAAAGAUUAUCUUGUGCUCCUACCACACAGUCGGGAAUCAAUAUUUUUACUAAAAGGAAAGGCACUUUUAAUCCUAUGUAAGAAAAGGAUGAUGACCCGUUGUGAUGGAUUCCUUCUUGUUCUAAUUGAAUUCUUGAACGUUGUAUACGAAGAGCAAAAUCUGCACCU